AUGUCACCUCCUCACAAACCUCAAGAACAGAACGGCGAUCAGCCACAAAAGGGCGUGCCUCAAUUGGGUGCUCUUGAAGAAGACGACGAAUUUGAGGAAUUCGCUGCUGAAGACUGGGCUGAAGCUGAAGAGGAUAAGGACGACUCACACUUUUGGGAGGACAACUGGGACGAUGAUGAUAUCGAAGACGACUUCUCAAAGCAGCUACGUGCCGAAUUACAAAAGACUGGCUCUGCAUAA